AUGCCACAUGACAAGAAGAUUAUGCGGCGUAGCCGAUCUCGCGAUCGCGAGCGGGAACGCGAUCGGGAGCGACGCGACCGUCGGCGCACUAGGAGUCGCUCCAAAGACCGCAAAAAGGAUAGGAAACGGUCCAGAUCGAGAGAACGAUCACGGGAACGCGACAGAUCGCGAGAAAGGGAACGUGAGCGCUCGAGGGAGCGUCGAGGAGACGUGAAGGACAGGUCCAAGGAUGAGAAAAAGCGCAAAGGUAGUCCCACCUUCGCUGAAGAUGACUCAAAGAAAGAUCUGAAAGGCGAUGCUAAGAAAGAGGAAGAAGAAACGGAGGAGAAGACCAAGUUGGCGCCAAAAAAGGAACCAUUGAGUCUGGAGGAGCUCCUAGCCAAGAAGAAAGCAGAGGAGGAAGCUCGAGCUAAGCCAAAGUUUCUCUCCAAGGAGGAACGAGCGGCCCUGGCAUUAGAAAAACGUCAGCAAGAGGUUGACGCUAUAAGGAAGCAGCAGGAAGAAGAGCGCAAGUUGCUGUUACACAGUGAUAAUACUAGCAAGGAGAGGGAAUGGGACGACAGAGACAGUAGAAGGAGAGAAAGCCAACGCUCGCGCGAUGAGGAUAUUAAAGACAAGGAUAAAGAGAAGGAAGUGGAGGCUAUCAAAGAACGGUAUUUAGGUUUGGUGAAAAAGAAGCGGCGAGUUAGAAGACUGAACGAUAGAAAAUUUGUUUUUGACUGGGAUACUUCAGAGGAUACUUCUGUGGAUUAUAACAGUAUUUACAAAGAGAGACAUCAAGUGCAAUUUUUCGGUAGAGGCAAUCUUGCAGGCAUCGAUAUUAAAGCACAGAAGCGGGAUCAGAGCAAGUUUUACGGCGAAUUAUUAGAGAAGAGACGCACAGAGGCUGAGAAGGAACAAGAGAAAAUGAGAUUGAAGAAAGUGAAACGAAAAGAGGAAAAGCAAAAAUGGGAUGAUCGACACUGGUCCGAAAAAGCUUUGAACGAGAUGACCGAACGUGACUGGCGUAUCUUCAGAGAAGACUACAAUAUCACGAUAAAGGGUGGUCGCAUUCCUGAUCCCAUCCGCUCCUGGAAGGAAUCUGGCUUCCCAAAGGAGAUCCUGGACAUAAUUGAUAAAGUUGGUUACAAGGACCUCACGCCCAUUCAACGACAGGCUAUUCCUAUUGGUCUGCAGAAUCGUGAUAUCAUCGGCGUCGCUGAAACUGGUUCGGGAAAGACUCUAGCUUUUUUGAUUCCUUUGCUACUAUGGAUUACUAGUUUGCCAAAAAUUGAGAGACUCGAAGAAGCGGACCAAGGACCCUACAGCAUUAUUUUGGCACCUACCCGUGAGUUAGCACAACAAAUAGAAGAAGAGACCAACAAAUUCGGUCAGCCGUUAGGCAUUCGAACCGUUGUGGUGGUGGGUGGUUUAUCAAGGGAAGAGCAAGGUUUCAGAUUGCGAAUGGGUUGUGAGAUUGUUAUUGCUACACCUGGCCGAUUGAUAGACGUUUUAGAAAAUCGAUAUCUCGUGUUGAAUCAGUGCACUUAUAUCGUAUUGGACGAAGCCGAUAGAAUGAUAGACAUGGGUUUUGAGCCAGAUGUUCAAAAAAUUCUGGAGUAUAUGCCUGUGACAAAUUUGAAACCAGAUAAUGAGGACGCAGAAAAUGAGGAAAAGCUUUUGGCCAACUACAAUACAAAGAAGAAAUACAGACAAACGGUGAUGUUCACCGCCACAAUGCCACCGGCUGUGGAACGACUUGCUAGGACUUACCUGAGGAGGCCGGCUGUAGUGUAUAUUGGCAGCGUCGGUAAACCGACAGAACGCACUGAACAGAUAGUUCAUAUAAUGGGUGAAGCUGACAAGCGAAAGAAACUUAUGGAGAUACUCAGCAGAGGUGUCGAGCCGCCUGUCAUCAUAUUUGUCAAUCAAAAGAAGGGUGCGGACGUUUUAGCGAGAGGCUUGGAAAAAUUAGGAUAUAACGCUUGUACUCUACAUGGUGGUAAAGGCCAGGAACAGCGAGAGUAUGCUCUGGCAUCUCUGAAAAGCGGAAGCAAGGAUAUCCUGGUAGCCACUGACGUUGCAGGACGAGGUAUUGACAUUAAGGAUGUGUCGAUGGUCAUUAAUUAUGAUAUGGCUAAAACCAUUGAGGAUUACACGCAUAGAAUUGGUCGAACUGGCCGCGCAGGCAAAGCUGGCCUUGCUAUUUCCUUCUGCACAAAGGAUGAUAGCCAUUUGUUUUAUGAUCUUAAACAAACGAUACUUGCUAGCCCAAUAUCUACCUGUCCGCCGGAGUUGCUUAAUCAUCCAGAUGCCCAACAUAAACCGGGGACGGUAGUCACGAAGAAGCGACGGGAAGAGAAGAUCUUUGCUUAAUUCUUCUUCGUAGCAGGCACUUUGUGGUUCAUAAGUUCAACAUCUUUAAUAGAGAAAGAGACGGGGGAGGGAGAGAGAUAAAAAUCAUUGGUGAAGAGACGAGAAUUUAAGGAUUUGCUUCAAGGACUAUGCUUCAUAAAUUAGCAAUGAAUUGGAUUCCCAAAAACAAAACAA